AUGCUCAUCAAUAGCUGCUCAUUUCUUUCUCUCAGAUCGGCGACAGCCAGCUUGUCUGCAUGCAAGCGAUGGGCCCAAGCUCUUCGCGGACGCUUCCCAGUAGAGCUGCCACCCCCGCAGGUUGACAAGCUCUUGCAGUUCUGCCUCCUUCAAGUGCUUCUGGUCUUCGACGAGACACGUCUCCCUCUUCCAAUUACAGCCGUGUACUCAGAGAUGCGGUCCGCCGGCCGCCGAGCGACCGCAGAACCGGCAGCACGCUCACGCCUGGAAUCCAUGGUGCUGCAGCCGGCGGGUCCCAGCUACCGGGCACAGCAGAGCGACUUCCUUGGCAGCUUUUCCGAUGGGCGCAGGCAACGCCACCAUGUCUGCUGGCUGCCGGACGUCAAGAGCUCUGGGUUCAAGAGCUUGGAUAAGAUGGCGCGGCAUUUCCAUGCCACGGAUCUCAUUGAGGCAGGACAAUGCUGGGGCUGCCUUGAGCACACUCACACUUCUAAGCCCUACACCUCUAUAGAUCUAUGGUAG